AGCCACAAAAAACGUGUCAUUGUAAGUUACAUUUCUCCGGUCAUUUAAGUUGAAGGUUGGAUUCACAUGAGGCAACAAGAAGGUAUUUAUGUGCAAAUUAUUCAUAAACGUCUUAUGGCACAUUCUAUCUGUAUUCCCAGACUAAAAGCGCCACUUUAUCCUUGUAGUACAUUUCGGCUUAAGUUUGAAGUUGUUCCCCUCGAAAAAAUUUUCUUGUCUCAUUUGAUUCAGUCUUUAACACCGUGACUUUAGACUGGAACUUCCGUGUGCAAAUGAGACAUGUAUAGCCAUGGGUCACUAACUGAGUAAUUGGUAGAUGUUGCUACUAAUAACAAAACUAAAGAUUUGCAUCUCUUUGUUUGAUUUAAGGUCGAAUUCACAGUUGUAAACAAAUGCUAGAUCUCGUGUUUUGGUAAAAGUCAGAUAAAAUGUCGACUAUACGUAGGCAGGAUCAGGAAAGGAAAGCAGCUUUGAGCAAGAUACAACAAGAAAACGGAAAUGACUAUUGUGCUGAUUGCUCUGAACAACGUAAGUUGGUUGAUCAACUAGCUGGGGUUAAAUUUAUAAAUUGAUUUAAAUUAUAUCCAGUAGACACUUUGCUACUAGCGAGAAACUUUCCGGCGGUGCAAACUUUCUCUCAAGGCGUGAAUCUCUUUUUGAAUUCUCUCCUCUCAAAAAGGGCGAGGAUGCAAGACAGGGGGACUUAGUACUGAUACAAACUCUUUUCAAAUAUUUCUUUCACAUGUGCCACUGUUGUACAUGAUAGUUAGUACAGUUGUACUCAAUAAUGUCGGGGUGUUUGAUAAGAAUAUGAUUUUCAGAUCGCUUGUACUAAACAUUGAAAAGUUGAAUCAGCUUCAAUUAGGGCAUCCUUAAAAAAAGAAAGAGAGAGAGAGAGAAAAUAUCGGCUGACCAUAAGUGAGUGGUGGACCGUCUAAUUAUCAUACUGCGUGAAGGAAGUGAGCUAAAGUGUCUUUACCUAAUAGGUUUAAAAUCGGUAUGUCUGAGGAAAAACGGACGCCUAGAAUCUAACCGAUAUUGAUUUUCGACACGUUACGAAGACAUCUGUUAUAGCUAGGCCGAUUUGCAAGGGAAGGAUGCCUUCGUAAUCGGAAAAGGGUUCGGACAUUAACUUUUGGCGUGUUUCGUUCACAGAUCCCAAGUUCGCUUGCAUUGUGAAGGGUAUAUUUCUUUGUCUUGAAUGCGCUGGCGUCCACAGAAGUUUUAGUACUGACGUAUCAAGAAUUAAGUCGGUUAAUACUGACGUCUGGACCGAUGAAAUGUUGCAGGUAAUUUUAUAAGUCUAUGGAGCAGCUAAAAAGAAAUUUCCACAAUUUACAGCGUGCUAAAGGGAAUUUACCACCAAGAUGACGCCAGUGAUGUCACACUUUGCUAUUUAAAGACCUUUCGUUCGUUACUGGCAGAGGUCUUGUCUGUAGCCAUUAAAUGACCUUUGAUAAUGAAUUACUGGGAAAACAUUUCCUAAGCUAACAGUUCAAAUUAAGGGGAAAUAUAAAUUUCUGGGAAAAAAAAUGAUCGUUAAAGUGAAAGAGGUGAGCUUUGUUUACGGACUGCUUAAACAUGUUUAAAACUUAAACUUUGAUUUACUAUUUCUCACUUAAUGAAACCGCAGAUACAGUUUACAAAUUUUUAAAAACCACGCAUAAAUUACGGCUAAAUUUAUAAUCUAAGUGGUAAAGUCAACCAAUAAAGGACCACACAGAGGUAAUUUGUUUGUGCUAUGUAAUGAAGUUACCCUGAGGCAAUCUAAUGGAAAGUGAGAGAUGACCUUGGUUGUAAGUCAAAAAAUGGAGCCUAAUAGCGACCUAUAUAUAGUCGGUAAUAUGACAUCAAUUUUCAAUCCUAGUAUAUAAAAUUUAAUAUGGUAGUAGUUGAUUCCACAAGCGGGCAAGACUAUGGGUGAAAGCUGCGUUCUGAUUGGCUACCCGAGCGGGCAAAAUAGGCCCUUCUUUGCCGCUCGAAAUUUCCCGCUUUGCUCGCAAAAACAGACUUUGUUUUGGCCAUACAAUAAAUCCCGGCUUUAUUGACCAAGCAUGUUCUGUCAAGAUGGCUGGAGUUUGGCCCGUUCUUGUUUUUGCGUUUUAUUGACCUCGACUUCGUCUCUCUUUAAAACGGCCCACGACCUCGAUCAACAUACCAGCAUGUCAUGACACUUUUUUUAUUCACUUUAUGUAUGCUUAUAAAUUCAUCUUUUACAGAUCAAUAAUACUAUAGGACGUAACUUUAUAAUUUCACUGAUUUGGAAGCCGUCUUGUCAAUGUAAAAUGUCUUAUUGUCUGGGUCUUCAUCCGGGUUAUAACCCAAACCCAGACCCCUCUUGUUUCUGCUGCAGUCCAUAGCAGACUCGUACUGCUUCUCCAGUCGCCGCGUCAAGGACUCUUCAGUGCCUUUUGUCAUGCAGCGACUACCUGACGACGGGCCACUGGCCGCAACAUUCGCUUGUCUUGUGGCUGAUGGCUUUUUGAAGGCGCCCAUCAGACGGAGAAAUUUGUCGUUUCUUUCUGCACUGCCAAAGUCAGCACCACCCCAUUGGCCAAGCUUAACAAUAAGGAGAAAAAGAAAUAGAAACAGCUUGGUAAAAUGUUGCGCGGAAUGGUACGGGUAUUUAAUUUUCUAAUCGCAAUUUCCUAUUUCCUCAUGUAAAUGGUACUGUGUACCCUGUGUCGCUGUGAAGUCAUGCUUACGUGACCGAAUGUUAGGGCCUCCCUCACGUUUUAGAUUAUUUUCCGUGUGUCUAACUGACUGUAUAGACAAACGAACAAACAAGUUUCGUAAUACAAGUUUUAAAUCUAGAGAAAUUGUCGAUCUAAGAUACAUCAAUUUUCUCUUUCAUUUUAGCUUAAUCAAAACCGUUGUUUCGGCUGCUUACGGAAUAUAACCUCUCGCAAGGGAAGGAAUUCGUAUAUUUUCCUGUAGCCUGUGUACAGCCGACCCCCUCCCCUCAGAAAAAAAAUGCAGAAGGGGGCGGGGGCGGCUGUACACAGGCUAAUUUUCCUGGGACUACACACCAAUUUUUCAUUCAGUGGAAAUAAAAGUACUAGAGAGCAUGAGAGUAAUAGCACCUCUGUUGUACAAAACCGCUAUCUUACCUCAGGUUCAGUUCUCUUUAGUGUUCUUCCCUCAUUAUCCCCGUUAUCAUCUUUACAAGUUUCUAACUCUUGUCCGAUUGCACCAUCUUUUUCCAGGUUCUUGGUCUUUUUCUUUCCGUUCUCCUCUUGACCUGUUUCUUGCCCAAUUACAGAUGACGGCUCUAUUUCCACGCCCCUUUCUUUUUCACGGCCGCGCUUUGUCUCUUUUGAUUCCUGAUUGUCAUUCCUCUCGUCAGAUUUCACUUCUUGCUUGUCUUUCUCCUUGGACGAUUUUUUCUUUUUCGAUUUCUUGCUGCUACCACUGUUACUUUUUUCAACUCUACUUGAUUUAUCUUCACUUAUUCCUAUCUCACGGUCCUCCAAAGAAAAUACAGAACCUUCCUUCUCUUUGCUAUCCGUCAUUUUCUUGCGAUCUCUUUUCGACUUUUUUUCCGGGAUGUAAUUUUCAACUUUGGUUUUCACUUCUUCUUCCAGUCCACGCUUCCUUGACUGAACCUCUUCAGGUCUUCUCUCUCUUUCUUCGCCGUUUUCGUCUUCAUUUCCUCCAUUUUUGGUUUCCUCGAAGUCGCGUUUCGAUUUUUUCUCUGCGAGUUCUUCUUCAUCUUCAUUUACAACUCCAUGAACCUUGGUUUUCUUUUUGCGCUUUCUCUCUGAAACUUCCUCUCCGUCGGUAACGCUUUUUUCUUUAAGUUUCUUCUCCUCUUCAAAGCUUUUCGUUUUGCUUUGUCCGUGUUUAGAAGUUUUCACAGACUGCUCAUAUUGCUCGUCAGCAACAUCAUCCUGACUAACUUUAAUGUUCUUUUGUCGUUUAUCCUUUUCACUAACACUCUCUAUUUUAAUAUCUUUUCCCUUACUUUUGACAUCAUCUUCUACAUAAACUUUGUUCUCUUUUAGCUUUCUUUUCCUCUCCUUCUUGCUUGCAGAGGAUUCCAUCUUCCAUUCUUCUUUUCCUUUUUCGGCUGCAGUGCACUCUUCUGAAUACUGUUCCUCCUUUUUUUUCUCAUCUGAAUCACUUUCUUCUCUUUCCGCGGCAAUUCUUUGUUUCUUUCGUUCACGUUUAGAAUUUUUCUCAGAAUUUUCCUUCUCUUUUGCUUCAUCAGCAACAUCAUCACUCACGUUCGACUUCUUUUUGUGUCGCUUAUCAUUCGGAUCUGAGCGUUUCUUUACUUCACCUUCCCCCAAAUUUUCGUCUUCUUCAGACACCACAGUCUCAGUUUGACUUUCUUCGCGUCUUUUUGCUUUCUUGUGCUUGCUGGCAGAGCCAGAAACUUCCAACUCAACAGUUUUCGCUUCCUCACCUCCUUUGCGGUCGCGCUUUCUCCUUUUCACUUUUUCUUGUUCUUCAGUUAAACUCUCGGGUGCUAUUUCUUCCGCAAUCUUCUCCUCCUUACGUUUUUUGUCAUUUUCUUCCUCUUCGCUUCCUAUCCCCUUUGACUUCCUAUCAAGAUGUUUUGUUUUCUUCCUAUCAUGCUUAGAAAUCUCCUUAGCCUCACUUUCCAUUUCCUCUGUCUCAUAACUUUCCGCUUUUGGUGUUUUCUUGUUCCUGCGUUUGCUUUUCUUGUCCUUGUUUUUCAUACCGUUACCGGCAUCGUAAGCGGAAACCACGCUAUCAUCCACCGGGGCUGUUGUAUUUUCCGAUACCUCGGCUUCAGAUUUUCUUUCUUUGGAAGAUUUUUCUCCGGAAACCUCCUCUAUCGAUCUUUCCUUAACCCUUUUAUCUUUCUUUCCUCUUUUAUUCCCUGUGCUUGCGUCAUUAAAGGAUAUGUUUGUCCUCUCUUUCCUCUCAAGCUCAGCUUCCUCUUCACGGACUCGAUCGGCUUUCGGUUUUCUUUCCGCCUUAGUUAAGGCCUUCUUAUCUUUCUCUUCAUUUCUCUCUUCUUCAUCCAUUUUACAGGCAUCCCCUUCUCUUCCCUCUCCUUCUCCUUUUAACUUUUUGUCUUUUCUUUUCCUUCUCUUUAAUUCCUUUUCCACAUCCUUGCCCUUACUCUCGGACGCGCUUUCCCCAAUUCCAACUUUGACGAGUUCCUCUCCAUCAGAUUUGGCUUCCUCUGUUUCAACACUUUCCACUUUCAAUUUAUGUUUUCUUUUGUGUUUCUUAGCCCUUUUUUCCAUUUUCUCUCCUUCACUCAAGAAUGUGUUUUCCCCCUCACCAUCUUUCUCACCUACUUUGUCUUCAAUCUCAAAAGCUUUUGCUGCCCGAUUUGCUUCGCCACUCUCAACUUUCAAAUGUUUGUCGUUUCUUUUUUCCAUUUGUCCUAAAACUGGGACAAAACAAGAAAAAACUUUAUUUAGAGGGUACUGGAUUCCAGUGAAAGUUCAAAGUUGGAAAUCCUUUAAUGUUACCUGACGAUUUCUAUUUUGUUCUGGGUCUUGCUUCUAUUUAAUAAACCUAACACUAAGCAGCAGCUAACUUCUCCUGGUAUCAUUACCGCUUCAAGAGGAUAUGUCAAGCUAUUUCCUAUCCUUGUAAAAAGCUAAAACAUUUUUUCGCAUCAAUUGAAUUCCACAAAUCAUGGUCCAGUUUUGUUACUUAACCCUUUAAGCCCCACUAUCCACAUACAAAUUCUCCAAACUGAUCUCUAUACAUUUCAUUAAAGAAUAAGUUGAGAGAUUUUGACAAAAGAUCAAGGCAUUUUCUCUUGAGCGUCCAUUUAAUUAAUUCUCAUAACUUAUCUCUUGACAGUAUAUGGAUAUUGCUAGGAGAAAUUUGAUCUUGGUCACUAUUGGGACUUAAAAGGGUUAAGACUAUAUUUAUGAUAUUUAGGCAUUGAAAGUGUAUUCUGUUGUCUGUUGCAAAGGAUGGCAAGGAUGGACUUGGAUUGAAACUUGAAAAUUUGGCUAUACCCUCAAAAAUCAAAUCAAUCCUGGUCUCCAAGGAAAUUAUUUUCGGCCCUUUGGGCCUCAUUUUGGUCUAAAAGUAAGGGAGAGCCCGGGCCCCCCCCCCAGCCCCUCCCCUGGAUUCGCCACUGCAGCAAUAUUGUUAUGACAUAGCCCCUUUGAUUACACAUAAAGGUCAUUGCAGCCUCCAUUGUUUCCGGGUGUCACGUGCAAGGGAACUUGGGAAGGGUUCAGGUUAACACAAAGGGCUAUAUCAUGACUGCUUCUACACUCUUCUCAAGGUGCCUCCCUUGAUCAUUUGAAAUCUUCCACAAUCUGUGAUUUUGUUGCCUCUGUGUCCUGCGUCCCUGACGCAUAUAAAUCCCCAAAGAAGCAAAAUAAUUUAUGGCAUGCAUCCUGUAGGACAUGAAAUACAUUGACAACAGUGUAGAGAAGAUGCACAUGAAUAUCAGAGAGUAAGGAUUAUUAUUUUUCUGGGCAUACAGAGUUUGUUGUGUUAUAAACACCCACCAGAAAAAAGAAACUUUAAUAACAUAUUUAGUCAAGAGUUCAGAUAUUCUACAAAUUACCUUAAAAGGCACCUUUGACACUCUAUACCAAAAAGUGUAUUUCAGCUGACAGACCAUAUUUACAUACUACUGAAGUUUUUAAAGGAAAUGCAUGCAAACCGAUAAGCCAGAAUGAGAUCAGUAAUACCACCACAAAGUAUGGGUCCUACAUUUUUGGGCAAAUCAUAGUCUAUGAUGUCAUAGUUUUUAGGUAUAUGCAAUAAAUAUGAUUUUAGCCUGAGGGAUUUUUCAGUUUUGGAUUUUUUUUCCUCAUGAUUCUUUGAUCAUCCGUGUCACUUUGAAUUCAGAGUAUUAAUUAACCCAUGUGCAUAAAUAACAUACAUGUACUUGUGUGUUUAACAUUACAUUUUUGUGACCAAACACUACUGAAGCAAAUUUUCAAAAAUUUUGUUUACGACUUGUUUGCUUGAUGGUGAAGUGACCAAGUGAUCAACAGUUUUGAUGGUGAAACGUUAUAGCAUGGAGGUGCCAAUAAUCUGACCAAAUUAAAGAGGGUGGAAGAGAGUGUUCCUGUCACACACCUUCCCUUACUUACAUGCUGAAUAUAAAAAAAGCUCUGGAUAGGCUAGCUGAGAAGUGGUUAAUUUUAAAUGUCACUGAGAAAUUGGGGGAUUCUUUAAACUGAUAGCUGAAAUGUGAGGUCCAAAAUAUUAACUGAUCACCGAGGAAUGGGCUGAACUUUUCCUAGUGUCAGAGAAAAUACCAAAAACCUUUUUGAUAACUGUGGGCACUAACAAAAAGUCAGACCUGGCUAGCCAGUACUGAUAGGUCUAGAUAGGUCACUGAAAAUUAAAUUGGCUUUGUUCAAGAUUUUUUACUUAGAUCUUAAAUAACCUACUGCUGAGCAUACUACAGUGCCAGGAGGCGGUAAGUAGGAAAUAGACGACUUCAAAUCGAUCUGGCCGGCCAGGUAGCGCCACAUGAGAUUUAAGCACCCUCAUGUGAUCAUGUAGACUUGUCCCCCGGAAACAAGUAAUGACCAGUAUGUGUUUUGAUUCGAAAAACGGUGUCUUUAAAUGGACAGACAGUCUGACCCACCAAAAUUUUGAAUAUAUACGAAUAUAAUUCUUGCUCUUGUAUCAUGACACAAAAAUGUCACCGGUUAAAUGCAAAGAAUUGAGCUUUGUUCCGGGCAUGAACGUGAGAUGGAGCGAGUGUGAGCUUAGCAAUAAACAACCAAAUGCAAAAGCUUUACGAGAAAAGUUCGACGAAUUUCUGACUAACAACACAUUCAGCAUAUUUUAGAAAUCACCUACCUUUUCAUAAACGGUAGAGCUUUCGGCGUGUAAAAUAUUAUUGGAACUAGAGAUUUUUACGGAAAUAAAUGGAAGCAAAUUCUAUCUAGGUCUUCCACACACGUGCAACUCAUUGAGCAGAGACUGGGUAUGAUGGCCUUGUGAGGAAGUGAGGAAGUGACUGACCCUCCCCUGGUCGAUAAACGCAAUAAUGCUCCCAGCUGUACAAAAUGUCGGAAAAGAACCGAGUUGCGAUAUUGGAACUGAUGAAGAAGCCUGGAAAUAACACAUGUGCGGAUUGCGGCGCACCAAGUAAGAGUUUUGAAACAGUUUUAUUCCUUCAAGUUAACAGAGAAACGGUUCUUUUUUGUGAACUGUUAAUUGAUUUUCCCCGGCGAUUUCCUGCAUGUGCGUUGUGUUGAAUUCGAUAGAUCCUGAGUGGGCCUCUGCAUCGAAGGGACUAUUUAUUUGCAUCACAUGCAGUGGAAUUCACCGAAAUCUGGGAGCACAAGUAUCAGCAGUAAAGUCUCUGAGGCUUGAUACGUGGACAGACGAAAAGCUGAAGGUAAAUUAGACAAGAAAUUUGGCUUUCAGUACGUUAAAGCGAGUGAAACUUUUUCGUGUAAUCUGACGUGAAAUAUGUAAGCUUACUUAAGCUUAAUCAAUUUCAUCAGCUGAUCUCCUACACUUGAAUGAAUGAAACUUUAGUUUUUAAAGAUCAUAGUAAGCUCCAAACAUGUUUCAGACACCUUUUGUCAAUAUCUUCGGCUUAUUGCUUUAUUGUAUUAAUUAAGAUAAAAAUAUCAUCGUUCAAAUUACACAUAAGAUUUAUUUCAUUUACAAAUUUCAUGUUAGCUGAAAUCGUGUGAAGAAGCAAGAAUUUUGUUGUGCAAUGUUCACACUGAAUAGUUAUUUUAUAUGGUCACAAAACGUGUUUAUAUUAUAUUGUGUCCCAAACGUCCUUAUCUUUUGCUGAAUAGUUUAUUUCCUUGUGUGAUUCAAUGGAGAUGGAAUUUAAGCUUAUCUAAUAAUUGGUUUAAUAUGCCUAAAAUUGUUCAAGCUUACGUUAUUUAUUUAUGAGCAUGUUCACGAUCAUCAAAACAGACUGACAGCUCAUAACAUGAAGUCUCUUGAAAACUAACUUUAAAUAAAUAAUAUUUAGUGUUCACUUACACAUAGAAACGUUUCAGUCGAAACAGACUUUUUCUUUUCAUUGUUUUUGUAAAGAUGACAAGGGCUCUGAAACAAGGAAUGAUUUUUUUUCGUUAAUUUUAAAGGCAUUUCAAAUUAAUAGAAACAGAAUAAAACAAGAAACGACUACAAUAAUGUAGGAACAAAACCAUUAUGUUCCUUAAUUGUUGCCAGUCAUUAGGACCAUUACUGAGCCAUGCAUGUUUGGACAUCAUUUGCUCAAGCGUAAAAUUGCACUUAGUCAAAUUCCUUUCUAAUUUUGAAUUUAUACGUGAAAUGUGAGCAAUGUCAAAGCAAGGGAUGCAAAAAUAAUUUUACCUCGGUGUUAAUGUAAAUUACAUAAAUGAUUGUGUCAUAAAACAUUUGUAGACAUAAUUUAUUAUUUAUUAAUGAAGUUUAUUUGUUCAGUACUAUUGUUCCAUCAAUGUUGAAGAAUUAAAAUUUUUGAAAACUCAUUGUAAACCAUCUUAACCUGCUCAUCUGUGCAUUUCUAUAUCGGUCUGAAUUUGUCAAAACAUGGCCAUGAGGUUUUUGCCUGGCAGCCAGCACAGCCUGCCUCCAGGCCAGUGUGGUCUCCAAAAAUUGAGGGAGAUUGUCGUUUUGGUCAGCCAGGUAGAGAUAUCCCUAACAGUGGGUGGGUGGUCCAGGCCUGUGAGACAAUAAUGGUGGGGUAGGUAGGGGUCUAUUUUGACACUACUCUUACAGUAAAGAGCAGUGUUAUUUACUAGAGGCUUUGACUGGCAAAUACCUUCAUCAUCCCUUUGCACAAGUCAACUCAAUCAGGCCUCUGCUGAUAAUAAUAAUGAUCAUAACAAAUAAAAAAGCUCAAGAGGAUGAGCAAAUCCAUCCAAUACCAAAGACCUGCUGAGACUUAGGAAGCCACUUCUAUAUCAAUUCAGCGAGAUGUAUAUGAGAUGUUAUCAUUGGGAUCUUUUUCCUCCUGACUGAUUGGAUGCUGGUCUGUUACAUGGUUACUGCCCUGCAACUUAUCUAUUACUGCAGGUGCACUGGUGAUGUUUCUAAAAGACAACAGGAAACAAAUUUUUGAAAUCAGUUUAGAGAAUGUAAAAUACUUGCCAAAGAAAGAGGAAAUUGUCUGAUCAAUAUAUUAAAGUGGAGAAGUAUUUUUUGAAGCUGUAGUUUGCGUUAUUUGUUGCCUUUUUGUGUUUUAAUAAAUAACAAAACUUUUACCUUUAACAAAACUACAAAAGAAUAAAGUCAAUCUUGUUAAAGGGCCAUGAUUAGUUUUACUAUAAUGUGCCCUUCUCCAUUCUAAGUUUCUUCUUUUAUUAUCAUUAUUUAUGUACACGUAGUUUAAGCAACUUUGUACCAAUUGAUAUUGUACAACUAAUGUAUUAUUAAUAUUGUACAACUAUUGUAUUAUUGUACAACUAAUGUAUUAUAGGAUGGAGUAAAAAUAAAAUACAAAAUACAAAUUAAUACAAAGUAGAGAUUUGACAAAAAUGACAUACAACAAACUUUUAUUUUUUAACCAGCUGCAGCUACUUGAAAACACUUAUUCUUGUUCUCUUUGCCCUGAAUAGAGCACAAAGCUGUGCACUCUAAGGAAAAUUAUAGGGAGCCCAGUGCUCUGAACCUGUGAAAUCUAGGUUGGCCAGCAAAUAAUUUGUAUUAAAAGAAAACAAAGAUUUUCUAGUCGCCCAAGAACAAAAGUUAGGCACUAGGGGGCCACCAGGCUAGGCUAAAGCACAGCCUCGGAGCAUCAGCAGUAUUAUCUCUUUUAAAUUACUAUAAGUAAUGUUAAGUAUUUUUUGUCUUGCAGUUUAUGGAAGAAAAUGGUAACAUCAAGGGCAAUGCAACAUGGGCCAAGAAUGUGCCAGUUUUUUAUCGAAGACCGACACCUACAGACCCACAGUAAGCAGAAAUACUCAUUAUGAUGCUAAGUUGUUUUAAUCAUAAACCAUGCCUUUAAACUAAUCGUGAAUGUUGUCAUGGAAAGGAGCUCAUGAUUAAGGACUGUUGUAACCUGAACAGAGUGGAGUAACAAUAUCAGUUGUUUCUUUUGAACUAUUUGUUUAUAGUGCUACUUGCAUGCUUGAAACAAGACCCCCAUAAUGGGGUUACAUUGGUCUGCAUUUAUUUAUCUGUUGAGAUACAUAAAAGUUUGUUUGUUUAAUGAAAACACGAUGAAGGAAAGCAGAAUUAUCGGUCCAGACUGAGACUUCUAAACUGCGAUUACCUUUUUGGUCUGCUAACUUUUGUAUAGUUCAAUGCUGUUCUUCCCCACAUUUUCCAGUUAAUCUUGGAUAAAGUAACAUGACAUUAUUCAAGUUCAUGGUUAACGUCUUCACAAGGGUGACAUAAAUGUGAAGUGACCCAAGAAAUAUUUGCAUGAAUGCAUGUUUCACGCUUAAUUGGCUUUCUGCUAAAAACAUGAGUUCAAUCAUGUCAGAAGAGGAAAAUGUAAAAAAAUAAAAUAAAAUCACUAUUUGACUGUCCACGAAUAGUUUCUGUUUGGCCUUGAAAGAAGAGAUUGUUUGCAUAGACCCGAGAGCUGAAGCAGAAGUUUGUAUUGGUGCUAGCAUUAUUUUUUUGAAUUGAUUUGUUCACCAGCAAAUCUUUAACAUGGCAAGAGUAUUUGCACAAUUAUCCUGAAAGUGACGUAUAAAGUAUAAAGGACUCUUUCACGUUGCUUGUAUAAGGAUCCUAAAUGGGAUUCAAUUUGCUCAGUUUCCAAGCUCUAAUCAUUAAACUUACAGGUGUAAGAGUAAUUUGCUUUUUGGUGUUCAGGAAAAUUUCUUUUCCUCAAUCCUCUAUGCAAAGGAGGGGGAUGGGAAACGUAAUUUGAUCCAUUUUUAAUUGUCUUUUUGCUGCACAGGAAAUGGCGCUCAUUUUUCGAUUGGCUCUGCCGAAGGCAGUCCAAUAAUAUUAUUUAUUACAUUAAACUUUUAAAUAAUUAUGUUUACGACCAACUGUAUCAACUUGACAACUUGGAAGUACCAAAGUUUUGCUCCUUGAGCAAUUUAUUCGGCAUCGCCAAAAAAAUAACAACUGAACAACCUUUUAACUUUAAUUAUCAUUGUUAACAUUAUUUUUUGCGUAGCCAUAGUCAUCUUCAUCAACAUGGUCAUUUUUAGAUUUCAAGAAGCUUUAAAGUACAAAUUAAAUCCUUGAUCUUUUUAACUAUAACUGCAUAUUUUAUAUUUGACUGGAUGACUUGUGUUUUUAAGUCUGCCUUCAGAGAGUUAUUUUGACUUGGUUGACGAGGUGUACAAAUCUCAAGUAGUCAGUUAUCACUUGUGAGAAAGCUGAUAAUUGACCAGUAAUAAGGUUGCAAAAAAUACUGUAGCCAUGCUUGACUGGAUAAAUUUUAGAGGCCUUGAGAGUGCUAUCCAAUGGAUAAAUCUCUGUGCAGUGGAUAAUAAAAUUGGUUUCCUUAUCACUUAAAACUGUGAUUCACGUUAUUGUUCCAAGUGAUAAUCAAAAAGUAUCAUAAAAGAUAAAACACAACAAGACAUAAUAUGGGAUAUAAGGGGUAACUCUGCUAUAUAUUUGUAGGUUUGAAUGAAUUGGAUUUUUUUAAAUUUUUUCUUUACAAAAAGUGUCCUUAAGGAGCAAUGGAUAAGAGCCAAGUAUGAACGGAAGGAGUUUGUUGAUGGAGCACCAGAGCCACCUUAUUUAAAAGGUACACUAAGGGAAAAUUUACAGAUGUGCACACAUUAGCCUGUGAAUACAGCCAUCUCUCCUCACACCUUGCCACUAGGGUUGUUUCGCGAGAGAGACGUCUGCACCUUAGUAACAGAAAUUUCAUACUAUGACUUAAAAGCUGUCCAAAAUGUGGUCAGGUUGAAGUAGUAGUUAUAUUAUUUAAGCUAUGCUUAUGAAUGUAAACACAAUGAAUCUACUUCAAAGCAGUCAAUACUCACAGAAUAUUUUCUUUUCUGGAAGAAGCUUUUGAGGCUUGUGGGAGCUCGUUCGCAGAGAAGACUUUACGAUAAUCGACAAGGAGAAACCUUAAAUUAAACAAAUGUACAUUUGGAACACCAUGACUACCAGAUGAUUUACAUCUUCAGUACAGAAAAUUUUCUGUCGCUGAGGCACAGAUGUCUCUCCUAAAAAACAUCCCUAGGGGGGGGAAAAGCGAAGUUAUGCACACAUUGCAGGCUAUGCACACAUUAGCCAUUUCAGAAACGCAAGGUUGCUGACGAAAGUUUUUUGUUACAUGUGUGCACAAGAUUUACUCUUUUUUAUUCUUGGGUACACUGAGACAUAUUAGCAUGUGUGUUUUCAUUAUAUCAGCAAUAAAUAACAAUAAUUAUUAUUCACCGAAGUGGAGGUGGCUAGUGGUGGUUAUUUACCGAAUUUUGUCAACUUCUUCAUGCAUUUCGGGAACAGCUUGUUUGAUUAUUCGUGAAAUUUCUUUGUUUGUUACGGCAGCAAUCAACAAUUAUUGAAUGAGGCAUAGUAUGAUUUGAAGAUGAGCCCAAAGGCAGUGGAUAACCUCUGAAAUCAGCAUAAUAUUAUUCCUCACAUCACUAGAAAGCUGAAUUCAAUAAAUUGUUUUGUAAUUCAUUCCAAAUAUUUCUAAGUUCUUAUUAACACGCUUACCUUCAAAUCUUCAAAUCUUUGGCCUAUUUACUACUUUACCUUCAUUACAGAAUUUAUAAAAAUUUGAAUGAUUUAUAAAAAAGGGGUUUGAAGAUGAUCUUGAUAUUCAGUGGUUUGAUGUGUCCCCAACAUGUUUUUGUAUCAGGCUCAAUGCGAGGCUAUUUAAGAAAAAAAGGAAAGGAUGAUAGCAGUUGGAAAGUACGUCUCUUUGUUCUGUCAGCAGAUAACAAUUCACUCAGUUACUAUAUUAAAGAUCAGGUAUGUGACUUAAGCCAUUAAUCAGUUCCAAUAUACUGUUUUUUUUUAACUAUAUAGAAACACACUGCUGGUUAUUCCAGAAUGUUAAGCAACUGAAAAAAUGGUUUUCAUUUAGGUAAGACCAGCCACAUGUAAUCAGUCUAGAGUUAUCUUAUAAUUAAUUCGUCCACCUUUUUGGAGUGGCCACUUUUUGCAUGAUAAUUAAUGUGUACGACACAUUAAUGUCACCCUGCUCAUGAUGUAAAGAAUAUUGAUUUAAGGCUUAAGGCUCGAUUUCAUUAGCAGAGUUUGAGUUUGAAUAAAUUGUAAGUGUAGUUGCAAGAGUGCUUAUGACCUUGUCAAAAUAAAAAUCAGUUUUGUAAGUAGAGUCACAAGCAUGUUGGAAUUGGAGUAGUAAGAAUCAGAACGUUUCAAUUUUCUUCCGACUCUGCUUAUGACUCUGUCACGUAAGAUCUAGUGAAAACCAAAUUGUUGGAGUCGGAAGCCGAAGGAGAAGGAUAAACCAAUCACAAUGAAAGUUUUCUUGCUUUGUGAUUGGUUUAGUUCCUCUGUUUUGGCUUGCAACUCCAACAGCCUAGUUUUCACUUGAUGGCAUGAGUCAUAAGCGGAAUCAGAAUGCUGUUUUUUACUACAAACAUAAAGUUCUAUGCUACUGAUCAUGACACCCACUCUGUCGCUAGUGAAACAGCCUUUAAGGACUAAUGUAAUUAAGUGCUACACUGGCAAUCAAACGUACAUGAUGGCCGUAGAAUGAAUGAGAAAUUCCAAUAGUGUACCAGGCCAACUGCAUUGUGAUCAAAAUGAAGAAUUUCUCGUUGCACAUUCUGCACCUAGCUAGUGCAUUUAUUUGUACAUCUGAAUCCCAUCUAUUCAAACUUCGAGUUUCCUGCACUACAAAUGACAAAAUUCUAUUAAGAGAACAACUGGCAGCAGUAGAAAAAAAUUACAAAAUACAAAGAAAGUUUCUGUAAGUAAAACUCUGUAAAAUUCAUGAAAUCGAGAAUUUUGCACAGAUUACUUUGAUUUAGUUUGAAUAUUUUUAUUUCCUUUUCAAGUGUAGAAUAUUAUAAUAAUAUUAUUACUAACAGUUAAUCAUUAUACAUGCACAUUUGUGGUGGUAGUUUUAGUAACUAGAUUAUUGGUGAGAGUCAAACCAAUACAACAGUAAAGCCUUAUAUUUUCUGAAGGAUGCAAUGUUCAUUUAUUAAUUUAUUAUUAUUGGUGUUUGGUUUUGAUUUUCAGGAUAGAACACCGAAAUUUACCUUCAAUGUCAAAGAGAUCAAUGUAACUUUUGCUCAAGAUAGAACAAAUGAGGAUAAUAGCUUACAAUUCACAUAUGUUAAGUCAGAUGGAUUGACGAGAAAUUACUUUGUGUCUUCAGGGUCUGGAAAGGUAUUUGAAAACCCUUUAUGACAUUACUUGUAAACGGGUCUAUAUUCUUUAAAGGUUUAUUACCUUUAAUAAAACAGGCGUGCGAGACCCACUCUUUGGGUAAAGAGAAUUCCACUGUUUAUGGAGGAAAUCUUCAGACAGGUUACUUUAUUGUCAAGAAAUUUAUUUACUAAACCACAGAGGGUGAGACUUAAGCAUUCAAAACUAGUUAAUGUGGUUCUGCCAUCCUUUGUUACCUUAAAUAACUAAAUUUUAUUAUUUAAUAAAUUAAUCUAUUGAGAGUCAUUAUUUUCUAUUAUUAGUUAUAAACAAAGUGCAAGUGUAGAGCUUUUUCUUAUCACAAAAAUAAAUAAUAAUUAUUAUUAAAUUAUAAAAAAAAAUUACCAUUCUGUCACUCCUGAGAUGACAAUUUUUUUUCUUCUAACUGUCUGUUACGUCCGCUUGUAUCAAUGAAAUGUCUGUUCUUGAAUUACCAGGAGCUAAUUGACUGGUACAUGGCCAUCAGAUCUGCAAAGUUUUGUUUAUUAGGACUAAAUGGUCCACGAGCUGAUCCCAGCAAGGUGAGGUGCAUCUUAAGGAAGCCAAGUGCUACAGUCGCCAUGAUGACAUCUUGUAAUAAAAAAACUGAAGUAUGGAUUUGAAAUGUUAAUUGGCAUUUCCUGAUAUCUCAUUUUCUUUAAAGGAACUAGCAGUUCUUUUUUUAAGGCAGCAUGGCCGAGCGGUUAGAGUGCUGCACCUGAAAUUCAGAGGCCCUGAGUCCAAGUAGCACCCUGACCGCUGGCUGGAUUUGUUCUCGGUAGUCCCAAGUUCAAGUCCUUGACCACGCUUGUAAAUAGCCAACUGAUUUGCCUCUGACCAGUUGUGAUUCUUAACCCCGUUAUGUUUGAUUUAAAUUAUUUGCUUCAGGAAUUUGCUCUGCCCCACUAGCAUUAGUGCUUUAAAUACUGCCGAGGGUAAUUUAUGGAAAUGUAUGAUCUGCAGUGGGCUGCAAUAUAUGUGAUUGUGUAUGUCGUAGUCAAUUCUUUUAUCUCAGUUACUUUUUGUUUUUCUUCUGUUUUGGGGUAUGGUAAUGCUAAUGAAGUUGAAACAAAAGGAAAGUAAAAAUACCUGAGAUAAAAAAUUAACUACAAGAUGUAUUUUAACAAUUGAAAACAAUCUUAAUAUUUCCUUUUAGGUGAAUGCCAUACUUACCAGAGACUUUACAAUGGAGGGUUUUCUUCAAAAGAAAGGACCAAGGGUGAAUAUUUCUUAUAAAUCUGUAGCUUGUAAAAUCAAUGUCAGAUCAAGUUAGUGGGUGCAAGUUCUAUCCAUUUAUUCCAUUGUAAAUGAGAAAUACCAGCAUUAUUAGCAGUACUCUUGGGGACUAUUAUUCACCUGACACCAAAAUAAUAUUCAUAUUUGCAGAACAAGUCCAUUCAAUCUCCAUAUAUUUCCCCGAAGGUACAGUCGAACCUUCACUAAUGGCCACCUCUCCACAACAGCUACCUCUCUACAACGGCCAUUUUUUUUGGUGGACAGUCCAUACAUUUGAGCUUGUUUCAACCUCUCUACAAUGGCCACUUUCUUCUGUCCCCAAGGUGGCAGUUGUGAGAGGUUCAACUGUGUACAAAAGGGGCACCUUUUCCGUCAAAAAUGGUAUACAGCUAUUUCGAGAAAGGGUGUCGGAAAAAGUGCACGGGACAAUGCCGAAAGGUAUUGUGGGUGGUUUUGAGUUCACUGUUCUUCAAAGAAAUUUGCAAGAAUGGCACGAGAGGCCAUGGACAUAUGUUUACAAUCGCUAAAGGAAAGAAACAAUAGAAGGUUCGGCAGCUACAGUGUCAGGAACAGGUUAUUGAUCAUAUCCCAUAUUACCUUUCGGGAUUGUCGCGUGCACAAUUUUUCCGUCAACCUUUCUCGAAAUAGCUGUAUAAAAGGGUAAGAGGUUGGACCUUGGGGCGGAACCUCCCCGUAUAAAACAUCUUUGAAUACCUCCAUCCCCCUCCCCCCAGGGGAUGAAUACCAGGGAAAAGAGGCCACUGCUAGCAGUGAACAUUCUAGAAUGCGUUCAUUAUGGUUUUCAUUCUGAAAUGAAACUCUAAUUCUGAUAUUAAAAUUUCGUUUAAAUGUAAACUGAAAAUGAACUUUUUUCUGAGAUGAGAAUUGUGAACCUAAAAGUGUGUAGUCUGGGGUGAGCGUGGCAUGUGUACUGUUUUCAAGAUCAUUUGGUGCGAUGGAAGAUACCAGAACAAUGCCUUAAACAUGAGCAAAGUUUUGAAGGCAGUACAAGCUUCAUUUUCAAACGAAACUCAUUCUGGAAUGAAAGUCAUGUAAAUACAUAUAGCCCAAAUUCUUAUUUAUUAACUCAGCUUGAUACUACCAUAAUCUAUAAAUAAUUUAUCUUUAUUAUAUAGACACGAGUGUUUUACUGGAAAAUAUACCACUCGUAAAAUUGAUACAAACUACAUCCGGGACCCGAGUGGUUUAUUUUCCAUAAUCUCACACGUGAGUUUAUCGAUGACAUAAUUUUGGUAAUUUCCCUCUAUUAUUUUAUCGAUGUCAUUUUGUCUAUAUAAUAGAAAGAACAUUACACGACGGCUUGAAGAUAUGAAUUUUAUUUUCUCAUGGCAAAAAUAAUAUUUUACUCACUCGCUGCGCUCGUUCUUAAAAUAUUGUUUUGCCACUCAAAAAUAAAAUUCAUAUCUUUGCACCACCGUGUAAAUACUUGGUAUAAUACCAAGUAUAUUAAUCUCUUGUAUUCUUUUUGUAUUCUGUACAUAAAGGAUGAACCUUGGGCGAAACGGUGGUUUACACUUGAUGGCAGAAGACUUCUUUAUUUCAAAGAACCGAUGGUAAGAAGUUGUUCCCUUUGUUUAUACAGUGUGCGUAACAUUGCAGUUUGUAAUAAUAUUAAAUAAAGAUUUAUGGCGAAAAAGUUAAUUCCAGUUAAUAGAGAGUGCUGCGCCAGAGCUCCCAGGUUAGGUAGGUAGGUAGGUAGGUAAAUUCUGUAAAACCAUCUCAAGGCUAUUAAUAUUUUGAUCAAACUUGAUUUGAUCUCUGAUUUCUGAAUUUUUAAAUUAUCUCGCCCCCUUCCUGGCUUGAAAAAGAGACUUUUGGAUAGGUCAUUGUAAGUACCAGAAGACUGGCCCUAAAUGCUUACUUGUAACUUAUUAUUAGGCUAAAAUUUUCCAGAAUUUGCGAUUGUUGGGGUCAAUAAUAAAUACAUGUAAUGAUGCAUCAGGGGGAAUUCUUGCAGUCAUUAUUUAUCAGACAUGUUUUUCUCUGUACAGUCGAAGCUCUGGUAAGCAACCACCUCAGAAAUUUGAAAAGUGGUCAUAACUAGUUGCUGGUCGCUUGCAAGAAGGAACUCUCAUAAGCGACCCACACAGUAAAACAAAAAUGGUGGUCACAGUAACUCAUUAAUAAUUCCUUAAAAAAACCCAACGAAAUUAAUGUUUAAUAAGUGUCUUCAUAUCUGAUAUAGACACUGAGCUAAACUUUACAUCCAGUUUUUUAGACCAAAAUAACCCCAAAUUUAAAUAUUAGUGUGAAGAAUGAGUUGAUCUACAUCAGAAGAUUUUGAUGCCAUUCAAUAAACUCACAGUUCCUUUUUUUCGGGUUUGAGUGGUUGCUUACGAGAGCUUAAAAACAAAGAAAAGUCCAAUUGGGUAAUAUUAACGAGAGCUUUUGUUUAAGUCACAGUUCAAGCGGGUUUUCACAAAGGUGGGCAUAACUAGAGCUGGUUGCUUACGAGAAUGGUGGCAAGGAGAGCUUCAACUGUAUCUACUGCUGUACUUUUUUUGCUAGGCACCCUCAGCACUUGGAGAGCUCAUCAUUGGUUCACGAACAGAAGGAUUUGAUCUUCAUGAAGGAUGCACAAGGCAUCAAGAAUUAGAUUACUGCUUCACAUUAACCACACCUGGAAGGGAUUAUGUUGUGAUGGCAACUACAGAAAAUGAAAGAAAGAUGUGGAUGGACUGUUUAUCAAAAGUCAUAGCACAGCCAAUGACAGAUGAAGACAAACAAGGUUAG